AUGGGUUUCGGUGCACACUCCCACGACGCCGAGUUUCCAGACGAUGACUGGAACCUCUACCAGCACAUAGACUUGGAGACUUCCGUUGCCCUGAAUGCCAUCCUCGGUGGCCACAUCUCCUCGAGAUCUCAAGUUGCUGCUGUGCUGCGACCGCACGAGCGUCGCCUGGAGCGGCAGCCAUGGCUAACCAGUGAUACCGACGAGGAGUUGUUGCUGGUGCUCAGGUUCACCUCACCUGUGCAUAUCCGUAAGAUCCUCGUUAUUGGGGGAGGCGGCGAGGAGGAAUGUAGUAAUGAGGAUGAGCUCGGCGGCCACCCGAGCCGCCUGCGCUGCUUCGUGAACCGGGAGGAAUUCGACUUCGGCAGCCUCAACGAUGUUGCGGCCACACAGGAGUUCCAUCUGGCAGUGAAUUCUGAGGGCACGGCGGAGCUUUUUACGAAAGUCUCUGCCUUUACCAAC